AUGGCGGCUGUGGCGGGCCAUGAAUUGCUGCAAUUGCUUGGUCUAGAGCAAUGUGGUGAUUCCAUGGUUGCAGACGGCAUUUCCAGCCUCAAGGCCGUUAUGGAGAUGACGGAGGAUGACAUGUCUCGCUUUGAGAUCGAGCCACUUACGGCAGAGCUUCUCAAAGAGCGACAGAAUGUGUGGAAGUUUCUGGUUCAGCACCAACUAUGGCUCUGUGCCGAGAAGCUCUUCAUGAACGGCUAUGACAGCAUGGCAGACGUAAGAGCCAUGGGACAAGAAGAGAUGAAGGCCUGUGGGCUGUUGCCGGGCCAUCAGAAUAAACUGCUGCGAAUCUUGGAGAAGGAGUCCGAGAAGGUGCCCGCAGACAUGGCCGAGCCGGUUGCGGCCACCAGCAGCGAGCCCAGUGAAGAAACAUCUGCGGCAGAAGGGGAUGCCACGGAGGAUGACAGCAGCAUCACGCAAGCCAACCUGGAGGCGAGGGAUGAUGCAUCCGGGGACGACAACCUCCUUCCGUGCGACCAGGCGGAGGCCACAAACUCUGUCUCUAUGGACGACAACAUCACUGUGCAGUGCGCAGAUGAAGUGGUCCAGCAGACGCACCAGGAGGAGGUGGCACAAGCAGAUGAGGUUGCCAUUGUUGAGGAAGCAGCGACUGUUUCUCAUCCACCCGAUCGUCACAGCGAGGAGCUGUCAUGCAGGGCACUGCUAGAGCUGCCGAGGGACUCCUCCAGCAACUCUCUUUGCGCGUCGGAGGAUUGGGAGUUGGCGGACGGAGACAUUGACUUCACUUCCCGGAGGGCAAGUGAAUCCCCUCAGAAGAUCGGCUUGGACCUUGACCGCCUGGCAGAUGUCAUUGCGGAGUCUGACAAUGCAGUGAACGCAGCGAAGGACGAGAACGUGAUCAUGCUCUUGGGCAGUACGGGCUCUGGAAAGACGUGUUUCAUUCACACCCUUGCAGGGCAGCGGCUUGUUCGCACCACGAUCUCCAUGGAUGGUCUGACGAAGGACGUGUAUGAAGCAGAGAGUCCGAUUGAGGGUUUCUCCAUCGGGCACAAGCUCAGCUCAGAAACGAAGUGUCUGAAGGCAAUGGUGCACCCUUGUGAUCGAAAUGUGGUGAUUGUGGACGCGCCGGGACAGUUCGACACGCGAGGAGAUGAAAUCGACAUUGCCACCCCAGCGGCAUGUCGUCAGCUCGCUCAAGGAUGCAGGAUGAUGCGCUUUGUCAUCCUGAUCAACUGCGGGACGUUCCAGUCGGAAAGAGCCCACAUGCUUCGGCAGAUGGCCGCCGCAAUUCGUGAAGUUCUUCCUGACUAUCCCAAGAAGCAUCGCUAUGUCGUUUCCUUCUUCUUCACUCAGGUGGAGGAUCUGCCAAAUCUCCGCCAGAUUGGCAAGGAGAUGAAAGCAACGGAAGAGAAGUUGGACUUUGCGCGUGAGAAGGUAUAUUCGUGGCUCAAGGCAUGCUGGAAGGAUACAGACCCCCAUGACGAGUGCGUGGACACCGUCCGCUGGAUGAUGCAGAGCAUCGAGAAGCAUAAGCAGGGCAAGCUUGCCAGACGUUUCGUCGAUGUGUACCACCCAGAAUGGACACCCUGCGCUGCUCUUGUCGACGCCAUUGAGACCUUCAGCUCUGCCAAGGAGGCUUUGAGCCAGGACCAUGAAGGGGCGAAGCCUGCAAAGGAGGUCGGCUACGUCCUGACAUCCAAGAGUAAGGUGAAGAUUGAGCGAAUGCUUUCAGCCGCAAGAGAUGGCCUUCGAGUCAAGCUGAUCAGCGAAGAUGGCGAUGAACUGGAAGCCAUCGGCAAAAUUCGGAAGAACGUGGAGCUCAUGAACACCUACCUGGGUACUCUCGGCGUAGUAAGCACAACGAGGGCCGAGAUGGAAGACCUUCUUCACAGACACGAGGAGUCUCUCAAGCAGCAGGUUAGCGAAAUGCUCUGCAACGCCGAGAAGCAAUCGGAGGCCUUCGGACAGGACUGGGCCAAGCAGGUCUGGCACAAAAUCAAUUUCCUGGAAGGGGUCUGCAAUGUGGGCACCGGAGGUGAUGGCGCCGCCGGCCUCAAUCCAGCUGUCGGGCUACGUGCCGCCGUCGACAGCCUGCUCCAAGCACGCUCUGAUCAGCUGACCAAGCUCCUAAGCGGCGAAGGCAUCCCCGCGGCAGCUGAGCUCCAUCGCUCCGUUGCGAAGAUCUCCACCUGGGCAGAGAUCUUCCCGGACCGAGGUCAGGAAGCCCAGGGACUACUCCAGAGCUACAUCAACCAGGUUGUGGCAGCGGCAUCCUCACAGACCGGGACUUUGCAAGAGCAGCUGGUAUUUCUUGCGCGGCUGGAGAGCAUCUGUUCCUCUGCGACCUUGAACGGGGAGAUGCUGGGAGACACCAGCAAGGCCGCCGAAGCCAUGACGGGGCUCGAGGCGUCGGUGACCACCCACUUCGAGCAAGUCUUCCAACGUGGCAUGGAGUCCAUCGACGCCACGGUGUCCGCAGUCUUGAAGGCUCCCGGAUCCGCCUCUGCCAGCAAGGAGACCUUGCUGCCCUUCGGUGCCCUCAUCUCUCAGCUCACCGACUGCAAGCACAGCCUGGAGGGCGCUGAUCAGGCAUCCCCGAAGACUCACGCCAUGCUUGCAGAGUGGACUCGGCGAUCAUGUAACCUGCUGGAGCAGCAGCUGCCGAAGUUGCAGACGCAGGCUCAAUUUCUGAUGAGUGCCGCUACUUCAUCUCCAUGCACUGACACGGAUGCAGCCACUGGCACUUGCAUCAAGAAUCUCUGUGAGACUAUCCAUCUCAUCACCGGGACUUUGCCGACGAAGAACAGGGAGACUUUCCGGCAGAGCUUCGCACAUCCUGUGCAUGCGGAGGUGAAUGUCGGCGUCAAGCAGAUGUUGUCUGCGGCAAGGGCGUUGUGCGAACAAGUGGUCAGCAGUUGUGCACCACCUACGCUGUCAAGCUUGCGAGCGCUCAUUCAGUCUCUCCAACAUUAUGAAUGGCUGGAUGAGGUCACAAAGACGGAUGACACGCUCAUGGCAGCCUUGCAAGACCUCGAGGAUCGCAUGACCAAGCACUCGAGCGACUCGCGGAAACAGCUGCUCAAGUCGCUGCUGUGCUUUCUGGGCACCUGCCCUGCACAACGGGCCUUGCCGCAGGUUCGGAAGACUUGGGAGGAUUUCCGGAAGUUGCGAGACCUCGGGCCAGUCUACCCAGCCUUGGAGAACGACCAGCGAAGCUGCCUCGAAGAGCUUCGGCGCAUUUCGGCCGAAUGGGUGUCAGGUCCUGUCGAGUCCUUUUCCAGCAAGUUGGAAGACCUCGACAGUCUGAUUGUGCAAGAGGUAGACCAGGUUCUCCAUGCUGCUGAGCAGCUGCGUUCCGUUUGUUUGGAUGCUAUGCCCGAGCUGAGAUGUGCAGACGAACGACUUGCCAAGACCUUGUCGGAACUAAAACAGCAGAUUUCGACUUCCGUGGCUGCUGCUGGCAACUAUGAGGAGAAAGACCGAAUCCUUUCGAUCCUGCAACACUGGCGGGCCAAGGAGUUCUCGACGUUCCUGCAACACCUGCCGGAGGUUUCAGAACUCAAGAAGCAAGUGCGGGAAAAUCUUCAAGAAGUCAUGGACGAUUUGCAGAAGAAGGUCUUGGAUCCCGAGCGGCGCCAGACUGCCCAAGAUUCCCUGGCGACGCUUCAGCUGCUCACGAAGUUGGAGAACACGGCCUUCAGACAGGCGAAGCAGGCCCUGAUAGGAUUGCAAGACUUGGCAGGAGCGCGGAAUGUCGAGGACGACAAAGACAUCCAGUGGCACAUCGAGCAUUCCACCUUCAAAGGGCUCAAGCAUUUGUUGGGCUCUGUACCCGAAAAAGACGCAGCAGGUUUGGAGGCUGAUCUCUUUCGCCAACGGCUGGAACGUAUAGCCGACUGUGUCAAGAAGCACCUUGCACUGGCCAAGAGCUCGUUGGAUGUUCCAGAAACCUUGGCAAAGGAGCUGGACAAAUUGAAGGCCGCGAACGAAGACAUCGGUGACUUGCUUGAGAUCCAUCAGGAGUUGCACUUGUCCGAGGAGUUGCGAGAGUUGCAAGAGCAAGCUGCAGAGCGCGCGCAGACGCUGAUUGACCAGCUUAAGGCUUACAUCGAGCAGAAGAGCUACGGGCUGUGCCUCGAGCGGUCAGAGGAGCUGACGCACGUGUUUCAGCGCUGGGAGGCUUCCCAAAUUUUGACACGCACACAGCAGAGCGAAGCCGAGAUGACCAUUGACAAGGCAAGGAAGUGCCUGGAGAAAGUCGGAGGGCUCAUCGACGAGUUUCUGCAAAGCCUGAAAGCUGCAGACCCGGAGAAGCCACCAUCAUCGGACUUGGCUUUGGAGCUGAGGCAGCUACGGAAGGGAGGCCGGGGAGAUGUGACCGCAGCAUACGAGAGUGCUGUGCAGCGUAUCGACAAAGAGUUGGACAAGUUUCUAAUGGACAUGUCCAAGCAAGUCACGGAGUCAAGCGCCUUUCGAACUGGUCUGGAGGUCUUGAGUUUAUUGAUGAAGCUGCUGGACGAUGGCCUCGGUGAACACCUUCCGCAUCAGCAUUCCCGAGUUCAGGAUCAAUUGCGGAAAGUAGACGCGGAGGCGAAGAUGCAUAACGAGCAAAUGCAGAGCCAGAUCAGCUCCGAAGAGAACAUCCAAUGCCUUGGGAGGGAGUUGGACUUACUCAGCCAGCAGCCUGGUUAUGCGCAGCGUGCUUUUGAACACUUUCAAUCCUACUGGAAGGGUACAACCUACUGGGUCGACUGCCAGCGUGAGUACCGGCUUCGACGUGCUUGGCUGCAAGCAGAGUUCGUAGGAACUGCGACAGAAGGUACAAAAGAGUUGCGUGCCGAAAAUUACGUUUUGCUUGGAAAGUACCUGGCGGUGACCUUCCACAUCAGGAAACAUCUAGGCAACCACUUGGACUACAACACUCGGCGUCAGAUGGAAGGUCUUGAACAUGAUUCACGGGAGUACCAGGGCGCAAAGCUGCAGCAUCUACUGUCACUCUUGCGUGGGCAGGACGCACGGACUGCCAUUGCCCAGCUGGGACAAUUCCUUGACUUUGUCCGCUAUGUUCAUCUAGCCUUUGACAGAGACACGUUCCAUGAUGCACUCUACGAGUUUGCCAGCGGACAGAUGAAGCGACUUCGGAAUGCCGUGAGUGAUGUGGCCGUGGCCGAUGCGUUGACGGCCGUGCAAGGCUUGCAGUCAUUGAGCGUCGUAAUGCUCACGCGGUUCAUUCUCUACAAGCAAAACAUUCCACCCGAUUCGAUUGUCGGUCGAGCAGGUCGAGAGAGCUGGGACAGGCUUGUUGAGUUCCAGGAGCGUGCGUUUGGAGGCAAGCUUGCUUGCGCAGGCGUGCACUUCGCCGUCUUGGACGUGCUACCUUCUGUGGUAGCAGCAGGGCAGGUGCAGCUCCCGUCUUCUGAAGAGAUUAACAGGGCAUUUCGGUCGAAGGCCUUGGAGUGCCAUCCAGACAAGGCCCGUCAGAUUGACAAAGCGAAACGCAGAAGUGUUUCCACAGAAGAGGCCGAUCGCAUGAUGCACUCGUUAAAUGCAGCAAAGACGUUUCUUACCAGGUCCAGCCUCAAUAGCUUCAGGAACGACGUGCAGCGACUGUUUCUGCAAGAGCUACAGCCAUUGCAAGACCCGCGCCAAUCUCACGUGCAGAGGCUCAUCGAUGAGCAAAGGUAUGGCAUUCUUAACAAGAUCCUUCUUGACCUGAAUGAUGUGGACAGGCAGCUCGCUAAGAGAAUCGGCAUCCCUGUUGAGAGCACAUGGAAGGUGAUCAAGAAGCUUCUGGUUCAAGAUGUGCAUAAAACUCAAGAAUCACUGCGCGCGAACUGGGCGGGAGGACUGCUUCGAGAGGUUCACGAGGAUCUAAGCAAGCUGAGCCUGGCCAAACGGGAGCUAGCAGCACAUCCAGAGAUCCUUCCGAACAGCAUCAUCGAGGAAGCUCGGGCCAAAGUCGAAGACGAAAUCAAGCGUGUUGGCAUUGAGGCGCUGGCCUGCUUGAAGCAUCCCUCGCUUGCUUCAGCACUGAAUGAGAUCUUCCAGUUCGGCUCCCAUCUGAUCCGUCUCGGUCACAUCUUCACUCACCUGAAAGACUUCAAGGUCAAGGCGGAAAUGGAGGUGACGCACGCCUUGAACGUCUGCCAAGACAGGCAUUGGGGAGCCAACUUCUUGAUUGAGCUGGGCAUGAAGCUCAAUUUGGGGAAAAUUGGAGACCCGAAAACGGAUUCGACAGUUGCAAGGAUCAUUGCAAGCGAGUUCCCACACUUCGAGAGCGUGCGCACAGCAGUUUUCAACCGUGAGACUCGUGCCACGCAGAAGGACAUCGGUGAGACACUGAAGGAGAUUAGCUCUGUGGAAGUUGGCGCAGAUGGCCGGCGGAGCGAUAGACCUAUCCCCAUCCAGAAGCUCCGUGAAGGCUUCGAGGAAUAUAGCAUGGCAUUCGACGACUACUUGAAGGAUUGGAUUGUCCGUGAGCUUACGCAGGACCAGCUGGCGGACUCCAUUAUCAAGCAUGCAGCUCAGCUGCGCUCAAGCGGGCCUGGCAUUUGGUCACCAGACGUCAAGUCCGACUUUCCACGCUUGCUUGCUGCGAUCUUUGUCCUUCAUGCCAUCAUCAAAUCGGGUGAUGCCUUUGAGCGCUUGGAUGAUGCGUCGAUGCAGCGGUCCAUUCGAGAUGUGGACAAUGUCGAGUCUGCAAACCUCCGGGCGCAGGACCUGCUCAUCAAGCCACACCCAGUUCAGAUUCUGACGCUCUUGUGCCUCACGGGCUACGCCGCGGAGACCGAGGAUCUUGAGAAUCAUGUCAUGCAGAUACGCACGGGCGAGGGCAAGUCAAUCGCCCUUGGUGGUUGCGCGGCUCUUCUUGCUUUGCUGGGACACCGUGUACGGUGCAUCUGCUAUUCGAAGUACCUGAGCGACAGAGACUUCAAGGCGUUCCGGUCCUUAUUUGAGGCGUUGGCUGUAGAGAAGCGAAUCGUCUACAGCAUGAUUACAUCAUACAGUGAGGAUGUUACACAGCGCAAAGGCGACAUCCGCAAGUUGACACUCGAUCUUGUCAAGACUGGCAAGUUGAGCACAUCCUUGCACGCGGCCGAGCAGGCCACAUUGGCCGAUGAGGCUUCCAAGGCAAUCUGUUAUGGUCAAGCGAGCUUGGCGUCAACGGCAGCCACAGCUCCGGAAGAGCCGGCGGUGAAGCUUGUUCCAUGUGGUGCAGAGGACAUGGCAGCGAUGGUGCAGACGAAUGCAGAGCAAAGCGCAACUCCAGCAUUCACAGCAGAUGCGGAGGAAAUUCUGCUGGUCGAUGAAGUUGAUGUUCUCUUCGGCAACAACUUCUACGGCAGGACGCACAACCUGGUCGCCCUCCUCGCGUCAGGCGCUGCAGAAGACCUGUUGCGUGAAGUUUGGAAGCACCGUGAGGAUGGUGUACCUGUGAAUGAAGUCAUCCGGGUCGUAAAGAGCUCGCCUGCUUUUCAAGCCCUGUUGAAAGAGUUAUCGGCUUUCGCAGACAUCGUGCAUGAAGAGACCGAGCGCAUGUGUGUAGACCUAGCAGAUCAUGUGAACAACGACAGGGAUUACGUUUUCAGCAACGGCAAGGUCUGCUACAAGGUCAUGGAUGGGCUCGCGUCCGAUGUUGUCAAGGGCUAUAAGACAGCUUUUGCGUAUCUGCAGGAGGCCACCAAACACUCGUUGCAAAACGAAGCCCAGGUCCUUCGAAAUGCCCUUUCUUUGCGUAUUCCAUGCGCUCGAUUUUCGUAUGCAGCCUUGGGAUCUGCAAAGAUUCUGGGUGUAUCCGGGACAGUGCAUGGAUUGACUCAGUACCAGUGGCAGGUGAUGCAGGGCUUUGGCAUCAGCAGCUACACGCUGGUUCCAUCGGUCUACGGCCGCAACAAUUUUGCCUUCCUAAGCCAGGACCACGGCAGGCCCAUCACGGUCUCCAAAGACUUUUUCCAUGACGUCGCGACGCAGGUAAACCAGAAGAUCCAGCAAGGCCGCGCAGUCAUCGUCUUCUUCAAGGAUGUGUAUCAGGUAGAGGACUUUCAGCGUUCCCCCUACUACCAGAAGGUCCAAAACAAGAACGUGCUACUCCCCAGCCUGUUGGACAAGGAUAAGGAUUGGAUUAUCCGGAAGGCAGCCACGGCAGGUCAAGCGACCUUUGCUCCUGCGAUCUUUGGUCGUGGCACGGAUUUUUGCUGCUAUGAUGAAGAGCUCGAGAAGGCGGGUGGAGUCCACGUCAUCCAGGCCUUCUUCUCCCUAGACCAGAGUGAGGAGAUCCAGAUCCAGGGUCGCACCGCGCGCCAGGGAAAGAUGGGCACGUAUUCUCUCAUCUUGGCCGAGAGCGAGCUCCAGGACCUGGGGUUGCAGCCAGGUGACCUGCAGACUUUGCAAGCGCAGCAGCUCUACGAAGUUCUUUGCACCACACGAGAAGCUGUGCAGAUGGAAGCCAGCAGCCGAGUGGACAAACGACUGCAUGAGGCAACGACACUGGAUCGGCAGUCGCAUCUGUACUUCGACGCACUUCUUCGGGGAGAUGUGCCAACAGCACGAACGAAGCUUUUAGCACUCUACAAGUCACGAGCAUCAACAGCAGCUGGCCAUGGCUAUCAUGUUGUUUGCUGCUAUGAUGACUCAACCUCCAUGUCGGAGGGAGGCAAGUGGGAGGCUCUUGUGCAAGCACAUGAAGCUUGCAUGAAUACCUUGAAGCAGCUGUCGUCUGUGCAAGUCUCCAUCGUCCAGUUCAGUGAUGCGGUUGAAACAGUGCUCAGCCAGGCUACGCCGUCCCAGGCAGCAGCCCAAAAGCUGACAAUGCAGUGGGGACAGACAUUGUUUGAGCCAGCUUUGGCGACAGCGCACCAACACAUGCGUGCUGGAUAUCACAAACUCACCCCGGUGCUCCUCUUCAUGUCGGACGGCAUUAACCAGGACGGUGCAUGCACACACAGCAUCCAAGCUAUUGGGCACGAAUUCCCCAACCUGAUCUUCCACGCCGUCAUCUUUGGCCAGCCCGACUCGCAGAGACUUCGCGGAAUGGUGGCUGCAGCGAAAAACGGGCACUUCCAUGUCUCUGCUGACGGUGUGCAGCUGGAGCAGACCUUCAAGUCCAUUGCAAGUAGCCUCGAGUACACCGGCCAGUGA